UCCCCAUUUCCAUGCCCCAUCCACUUUAUCCUUAUUUUAUACCCACAAACACAAUCUCAUCUUAUUAUACCCUAUCUAGCUAAUCCCAUUUUAUAUAUAUUUGAAACAGAACCAACCCCUUGUUGUCUUUUAAUAUCAUCAAAUUGCUAAAUAGUGUAGUAGUAGUACCAAGUCCAAGAUUCCUCCCUCUUGUGUGAUUAUAAAGUGAGAUUUGUGUGUUUGAUGUGUGGGUCAUUUGAUUAGAUGGAUACUUUGUUUAGGCUGGUUAGUCUCCAAUCCGACCAAUCCAUUAAUUCUAGCCGAACCUCAAGUAGCUCGCGAUCGCAGAAUCACAACUACCAUCAUCAUCAAGACGAGGAAUGCCUCAACAACUAUUUCAUGGAUCAUGAAGAGGACUUCUCCUCCUCUUCCUCCUCCAAACACCACCAAAUCUCCACCACUGAUCACCACCGCCAUGCCUACGACCAAUCCUCCUAUAUUUCCGCGGCGCCGCACGACGUGAGCAUGGCAUUCUCCGGGCAAAACAAGUGGGCCACGGAGAUCCUUCUAGAAACAGCUCGAGCUAUUAGUGAUAAAAACACCGCUCGCUUUCAGCAGCUGAUGUGGAUGCUCAACGAGACGAGCUCUCCCUACGGCGACGUCGACCAGAAGCUCGCGGCUUACUUUCUACAAGCCCUCUUCAGCCGCAUGACCGACUCGGGCGAGUUGAACCGCCGCAAUUUGAUCUCGGCCGCCGAGAAGGCUGCGUCCUUCUCCGCCACCAGAGAGACCGUGCUCAAGUUCCAGGAGGUCAGCCCGUGGACCACGUUCGGCCACGUGGCCUGCAACGCCGCGAUCAUGGAGGCCGUGGAUGGAUCUGCCAAGAUCCACAUCGUCGAUCUCAGCAACACCUACUGCACGCAGUGGCCGACGCUGCUCGAGGCCAUCGCCACGAGAUCCGACGACACGCCGCACCUCCGCCUCACCACCGUCGUCGGAGGGCGCGGCGACGGCGCGAGCGCCGGCGCCGCCGCGGUGCAGCGCCUGAUGAAGGAGAUCGGGAGCAGGAUGGAGAAAUUCGCGCGGCUGAUGGGGGUUCCGUUCAAGCUCAACGUGAUCCACCACGCCGGAGACCUGUCGGAGCUCAACCUCGCCGCGAUCGGGAUCGAGGAGGACGAAGCCCUAGCGAUCAAUUGCGUCGGAUCGCUGCGAUCGGUGAGGGCUACGGGCAACAAUCGGGAUCAAUUGAUCUCCAAUUUCAGGAAAUUGAGGCCGAGGAUCGUCACAAUCGUGGAAGAGGAAGCAGAUCUGAACAUCGGCGACGGCGGUUACGAGUUCGUGAGGGGAUUCGAGGAGUGCCUGAGGUGGUUUAGGGUUUACUUCGAGGCGCUGGAGGAGAGCUUCCCGCGGGCGAGCAACGAGCGGCUGAUGCUGGAGAGGGCGGCGGGGAGGGCGGUGGUGGAUCUGGUGGCGUGCCCGCCGCAUGAGUCGGUGGAGAGGCGGGACGCGGCGGCGAGGUGGUGCCAGCGCAUGCAUGGAGGGGGGUUUAGGGCUUUGCCGUUUAAUGAGGAGGUGAACGACGAUGUGAGGUCGCUGCUGAGGAGGUAUAAGGAGGGGUGGACGAUGGGGCAGAGAGGGGAUGCCGCCGGAAUAUUCCUUUCGUGGAGGGAGCAGGCGGUGGUGUGGGCGAGUGCGUGGAAACCCUCGUAGGGCUGCUGUGCAUGACUCUGGGUAGUGUGCUGCGGAAAAUUAGUGAAUUGAUUAAUGGGUUUGAUUAAAUGAUUUUCUCCACAAAAAAUUAUUUUUAUCCUUUUCUUUUUGUGGCUUUUAUGUUUUUUUUUUUUGUUCUUUUCCAAUUUAUGGAUUGGUUUGAUCAAUUGAAUUAAUUGUCAUUAACAAUUUUGCGUAAA